CAGCCGUGCCGAUAGCUGUGUUUCAAACCAACGGAUCACUCUAAAAAGUAGGACCGACUUGUCGUAAGCGUUCGAUACAAACAAUUUUUAAUUCUUUGUAGUGUAAAUUAUCGAACAAUUACUAGAUUCCAAUUUAAAAAUUUAAAGAAGUUUUGAUACUAAAUAUAAUAAAUAAUCUAACAGAACGUGAUUGCUAAGCCGUGUGUUGAGUUAUUGGAUUAAGCUUUGAGUGUGUAUAGCAGCAGUCUAGCAGCAACGGAUAAAAAUAAAAACUAAAAAGUGACUUUGACCUUUCUCACUGGAUUAAGUCCUAGAUCUAUAUAGCCAGCUCGACUGAGAAGGGUGGAGUUGAUAAUGUGUAAUUUAUCGCUUGGAUGACGCCGCUAAUGAACCCCAGGCGGCCAGAUCAAACUGCUGACAAACGGGCCAGAUGUAUUUUAUAAUGGAUAUUACCUAGACUUUGGCAGGAGGCCAUACCCUGACCGUGUCAGACGUGUUCAAGUUUGUGUUUUCGAAUUAAUUAACUUGACGGAAAUAUUAAUCUUCGCCUGCCCACAAACUGGCAACAUAUUGGAUGUCUGGAUAAACUUAUUCCUCGAACACGCACAUAUUUAGAUUCUAACCGACGUGUUGAGGUAAAAAGAUUAAUUUCUAUGUAACUUGUGGAGAUUCAGGUUUAGGUUGCCAUAUAUUUUUGUGUAGAAUCUUGUGAUCAAAUUCUCAACAUGUCUAAAGCGCCAGAGCUUCGUCUUUACGACAUCAACGCAAAUAAAAGACAGGACCGCGGGGCUUACAAUGACUACAGGUCCCCCUCCGUCUCCUCUCUAGAAUCGCCUGGAUAUUUAUCGCCUCAGCCGUCACCGACCAUCCGCUCCCCUAGGUCACCCAUCCCCUCCCCCAUCCCGUCACCCCUAGGCCCCCCUGUGGCUGUGGAAGCCAGGCAGGACAUUGAAUACACCCGCGCCCCGGACACGUUCCCGUGCGGGCAUGUCCUGUGUCACAACUGCGUCCGGAAGUUCAUGCGGCUCCGCCAGCGGUCCGGGUAUUCCCGGUGCCCGGUGUGUCAUAAAUUCGUGGACGAGGACGCGCCGAUGCAGGCCAUGGGCAUUCCGACUAACACCUCGACCAGCGCCCCUCCGGAGAACGGAAGUGCCAGCAGUCAUCCGGAACCGUCGGACCCCACCCCGAUAUCAUUGCUGAACAACUUUGACGAGAUCGUGGAGAAGUUUAACGGCAUCCAGCACAACAUCCGGCGCCUGAAAGACGAGUCGGUCCAGUCCAAGUCUAUGGGCAUGACCUUCACAAACACGCAGUGCCACCUGUGUAUGGAGCAUCACGGGACCUUGAGGGUCGUACAGGAGUACAAUAGGUUGUCUGUCAGGCAUGAGAGACCUAACGCUUGGAGCCCGUAUUUCUACAGGCUCCAGCAGGGCAAGGUCGUGACCGAGUUCCACAGCCAGGUCAACUCCUCCUGUAUCUGCGUGCCGUGCACCUACAAGGAGUUGAAGCUCCGGAACCUUCCAGAACUGCAGGAUUUACCUGACGUUAACCCGCAGCAGAACACCCAGAUCUGUUUAGCAGAGGUCGGCAAGAUCGUGGCGCGGAACUCCGCCCCCAUCAUGGCGCUGCAGGGCAAGAACGUGAUCGAGAUUGAGCACACGCUACGCCUGAGGGAGAGGGCGGACCGCUUCAACUUCUCCGAGACGGCCGAGCAGGUGCAGCAGAUGGUCCAGCAACAGGAGGAGACGCUUCUGAAGAUCGCCAGCAACCAGAUCAGGGACACGGGCCGGCUGUACCACGUCAGAGAGAGCAAUGAGGUGGACAUUGAUCUUGAUGAGACGGCGGUGUAGUGGACGGCGGUG